AUGAAUAAUUUAAGGAAAGGGAUUUUUUUCUGCUUUUUUAAAAGUGAAAAAUGUAUUUCCUGUUGUGAAAAAAGGAGCAGAGCGAAUGUGCAGCUUGUGGGGAGGAAGGUGGGGGGUGACAUCAACAGGGAGCGCGUUCGAGAAUUUGCGAAAGGUAGGGGAGAAGAGGCAGUGACGAAGUUAAGCAGGUCAAGCAAACCGCGGUCACCGAAUGCGCUUGGAACCCCCGGGGAAGUGACAUGGAGGGGGGCAGCACACUUCUCCAGCGUUGGUGAAACGGAAGCCAGCGAACCCGGUGUAGGGGUCUAUCAGCAGGGGGAAAGCGCAGAUGGAGGUGCGAUAGAGGAUGUGGAGGAGGGCCAGCGUGACAGUCAAGACGACGAUCAGGACGACGUCGACCGCGACGACGUUGACCGGGACAACGUUGAGCAGUACGCCAAGUCAUUCUACGAAAUCUACGACGACCACGGGGACACACAGGACUGCCCUCAUGAACUCCGCAGGUUCAUCAGAAAGGAACACAUGGAAGUGAAGAUAAAAAUUAAAUGCUCCAGUCCGAGGAACCUGAACAAGCUAGAUGUUCAGAACGUCAUCGGUGAGAUGUUCUUGGGUGGUGACGCAACCGACUCGGGUAAUGAUGUGACCAACUCGGGUAGUGACGCGACCGACUCGGGGGAGGAAACGCACCAAGACAACGCAGAAAUCUACUACCUCAAUUCAAAUUUCAAAAAUUUCAACUACCCAGACAGAAACGUGUUGUGGCCCAACCCGCUAAUAUACAACCACCGACUGCAGCCAUUCCUCCUGGAAAGGAGGAAAGACGAAGAUAGUAACACCUUUGACAUGAACAAAAAGUGUAUCGAAGUAAAUAAAAGGAGGCUGCAGAAUUUGUGGUGCUACAGCUCCAGUUACGGAAUAGACUGGAACACCCUGGAUGCUCUUUUUUUAAAAUUCAAAUGUCAGAAGGAGGAACAUUUGAGCAAGUGGGAAGAAAAUAAAAACAGCAUCAUGAUCUAUGCGUCGACAGUCGCCAAGAGGAAGUUAAUAAAGAGCCGAAAAAAGUUGCUAGACAAUCUGGGCAUCGAUUACUCCAAUAACGUUUAUGCCAAUUAUGAGGACACGGGGGAGGUGCAAGAAACGUUUAUGGAAGAUGACCAGGACGUCGAAUAUAAUUUGUUGUUUCCCCGAUCCGUCUUCCGCAAGUGGACUCGCACCCUGUACUUUUACUGGAAGGACCGGUACAUGCACUACUACGAAGACACCCUAUGCGAUUACCUGAAGGGGGAAAUUGUAGACUUGCAACUACUGCGGGAACAGAAUGAGCGGAACCUGCAUUUGUCUGGGAAGAAAAUGAUGACAGAGCACUCGUUCAGCUUAAGGCCAGUCAAGGGGUCCAAUUUGUAUGUUACGAGAUAUGUACCCAAGGAAAAACGACGGGUUAGAACAAAUGCCGACCAAUUUGACUUAACAGGCGUCGGAGAGAAUAUAUAUAACACCUCCCAGAAGGAGAAAUAA